ACUUAACGCGAACGUUUAACGUUAACGGUAGUGUGUUUUGUUUCUAUAUUGCUUUUAGACUUUCUUAGGUCUUUUUGAAAGGACGCUGUAAAUAAUGGCAAUAUAAUUUCCAGAUGUGUAGAUUGCCUGUGUAGUGUUUGUAGCCAUUUGUCUUCUGAGAUUUCAAAAUGACGGUGACUUAUACAGCAGAGGUUGCCACCAGUCACUUUGGCACCUUCUGGAGGCUCCUUCUCAGGUGGAAAGGCAGUGUGUAUAAAUUGCUGUGGGUAGAAUUGCUGAUAUUUGUUGUGGCAUACUUCACAAUCAGCUUUAUCUACAGGUUUGCUCUUCCCGAAAAUCAUAAAAGAACCUUUGAAAGAAUCUCCAUAUACUGUGAACUGUACAACAACUUAAUACCAAUGGCAUUUGUGCUGGGUUUCUACGUGUCAAUAGUAGUUACCCGUUGGUGGGAGGAAUUCAUGUCCAUCCCAUGGCCUGACAAGAUGGCCCUUUACGUUACUGCAAACAUACAUGGUCAUGAUGAUAGAGGGCGUCUCAUAAGGAGGACCAUAAUGCGUUACAUUUGCCUCUCUUUUGUUAUGACUGCUAGAGCUAUUAGUACAGCAGUAAAGAAAAGGUUCCCGACUGAUGACCAUUUAACAGAAGCAGGUUUACAAACAGAAAACGAACAGAAAAUUAUAGAGGGUGUGAAAACUAACAAUAGUAAGUAUUUUGUGCCACUGGUAUGGACCACCAGCAUCAUUUCUAGAGCAAGAAAAGAGGGAAGAAUUAGGGAUGAUUUUGCCAUGAAGACCCUAGUGGAGGAGUUAAAUUUUGUAAGAGGGCAGCUUGGAGGGUUGUUAAACUAUGAUUGGAUAAAUGUUCCUCUGAUUUAUACACAGGUUGUGACUAUGGCUGUAUACACUUUCUUCCUUUCCUGUCUCAUGGGGAGACAGUUCCUGGAUCCACAGCAGGGUUAUGAUAACCAUCAGAUUGACUUCUAUAUCCCCAUAUUCACCAUCUUGCAGUUUAUCUUUUAUAUGGGAUGGUUAAAGGUUGCUGAAAGUCUUUUAAAUCCAUUUGGGGAAGAUGAUGAUGACUUUGAAAUGAACUGGCUUAUUGACAGAAAUCUGCAG